AUCUAUCUCCAACAGUUGUAUAGCCAGUUUGAAUCUCAGGAACGGAGUAUGGUCUCUGCGGGGGUGGUGGUCCUUAUCUAGCUGGUGUCUUCUCUAGCGCUUUGGAGCGGAAAGGGGGAGAGUUGAGGGCAAAUGAUACCCAUCCGCCCGUCUGUCCCCCUGAAUUAUAAGAAGAGGGCCAUUGAGGGCAGAAUUGCGUUUGUUCGCUCCGUUUAAUGAUGGAGGGCGAGAGUGAAGUGUUGAAAGACAAACGUUAAUGAGGGUCUAGGACGGGUGGGAAGUAGUUUGGGACUAAUGACGGCUAACGCCCAGGAGACAAAGACUUACUGUGACAAUUUCCUCAGCAUUUGUAAUGACUGCCCUUUGGAAAGACAUAUUGUGUAAUGUCCAGCUCAUUCAGGAUGUGGCCCCAAUUGCAGUGGAUGCAGCACUACUUGAAGGUGUUCUAAUGAGGACCAAUGAUGAGCCCAAUUCAUCCGAUGUGGUGAAUUAUGCUCCUUUUACACUGCUCCCAUCUGCAAUACCAAGCAGUCUACUUGAGCAAGCCUAUUCAGUUCAGCAAGACUUUAACCUGCUGUUGGAUGAAGUUAGCCGGAAUACAGAAUUCCUGGAGCGCACUCUUGCAAGUACUGUCAAAGUAGAUGACUUUACAGCUCAGCUUUUCAAAAUUUACAAGCAAGUUUUGGAAGAAGGAGUAACUCAGUCUGUGUUUUUAGGAAUUAAUCGCUCUGACUACAUGUUUGACUAUGGUGCAGAAGGCACUCAAGCUCUAAAACAAGUAGAAAUAAACACUAUUGCUGCCGGCUUUGGAGGUCUCAUAUCUCGAACCACUGCAGUGCAUCGGCAUGUGUUGAAUGUUUUGGGAAAAUCCAAGGAAGCCUCAAAAUUACUGAACAAUAAUCCAUCCAAAGGGAUUGCCAUGGGCAUUGCAAAAGCUUGGGAACUCUACGGAUCAGACAGAGCAGUGGUAAUGUUCCUAGUUGAAGAGGCUCAGAGGAAUAUUUUUGACCAACGCUGUGUAGAAAAUGAACUUUGGAUGAGGAAUAUCCGGGUGAUCCGAAGAAGGUUUAAAUAUGUGUCUGAAAAAGCAUAUUUGGAUAAUGACAAGAGAUUGCAUAUAGAUGGGGAGGAAAUUGCAGUGGUGUACUAUAGAGAAGGUUAUAUGCCAAAGAAUUAUGACAAACAGAACUGGGAGGCACGGUUGCUGCUGGAAAGGUCUAGAGCAGUUAAAUGUCCUGAUAUUGCCACACAGCUUGCUGGAACAAAAAAAGUUCAGCAGGAGCUAAGCCGACCAGGAACACUGGAAAAAUUGCUGCCAAAUAAACCAGAAGCAGUAGCUCGAUUAAGAGCAACAUUUACUGGCCUCUAUUCUCUGGAAAUGGAUGAAGAAGGUGAUAAGAUUAUUGCUAUGGCUAUUGCUGACCCAGACCGGUUUGUGUUAAAACCACAACGGGAGGGAGGAGGGAACAAUCUCUAUGGUGAGGAACUCAAGCAGGUUUUGGAGAAAAUUAAAGACAGUCCAGAGAGGACCUCCUACAUUCUCAUGGACAAGAUAAAGCCUCUCCCUGCACCAAAUUAUUUACUGAGGGCGCGCAGUCCACUGAAAAUAACAGAAUGUGUGUCCGAAUUGGGAAUCUUUGGAGUCUACAUCAGACAGGGUCAGAAUCUUGUGGUGAACAAGCAUGUUGGCCAUCUCUUGCGAACAAAGGCUGUAGAGCAUGCAGAUGGUGGAGUAGCAGCUGGAGUAGCUGUUUUGGAUACUCCCUAUGUGAUAUGAAAACAAAAUACCUCAUCACUAGCAUCAUCCUCACUGUGCUUGAAGGAGGAGACGUUCUCCUUUAGGAUAUAUUGCCAAAUGGCAGACUUGAUCAUCUGGUCGAUACUGGAAGCCGUCCUCUCACAUGUGACCCCAAGAUUCAAGGCAGCAGCGUUGCAUUGUUACUUUCUGAUCUCAAGAAAAUUCUGGAUUCUAAUUGACCUUCAUUGACAACUUUGUCCUUGAAGCACCCUUAACAUGCAUCUCACAGAUUUUUUUUUUUUUUACUUUAUUGUGAUUAUGGACAAGCUGUUGAUGAUCUGAUCAGGCAUUUCCUGAGAUAGCAAUAUACAAGCUGCUAUGCUACAGAUGCCCUUUCAAAUGCCUGUUAGUGAAAUAGAUUACCUUGAUCUCUUCUACAUUUUCAAGGUGUAUUUCCAUCCAUCUGUGGACCACGAUAGGGGGUACUUUUCCUAAACUAAGAUGCUGCGCAACAUUUCCUGCUUUUGUUACAUUCUUAUCUGAGAGGGACACAUCACAAAGGAAUAACAUGCAAGGUCACAGAUCAAUUAACAUACAUAGCAUCUGGCUAAGGGUAAAAAGGAGACACUAGGAAGAGAGAAAAGGGAAACAUAACAUUUAUUUCUUUUAUUUCUCUCAGUGCUCCUGGACCCUUCGUAUAAUAUCUUGUAAAAGCAGAUUGUGUAUGCCCAAGAAAAGCCACUAAAAAGCAAUGAAUAUGAGCUCUUGGGAAAUAGAUUUCAAAUAGUAAUAAGCUCUAUUCUGUAAUACCAUGGCAUGUAAGGAUUUCAGAUUUAGUUCCAGCUGAAAGAACUGGUUGAUCAUUCUAUUCUGUCCUGUGCUACUUUGGUGAGUAACUAGUACCCAAUAGUGAAACAUUUCACUUUAAAGAAAGGAAAGUAAAAUAUAUAGUAUGUUCAGAAUCUCAACAUGCUCAUUUUUGAAGAACACUUGUGUUCAACAUGCUAUUUGUUAUUCUCUGAAAGAAAGAAAAUUUAAUCAUGUUAAUGUUUCCAAACUUUGAAAUUAUAGAAGGUAACAUUCAGGGUUUUGGUGAGCAAACAGCUUGAAUAUACUCACCUGCACUAUCAUGCUGUGGGCCAUUUUAAGAAUAGGGAACUUUUUAAAAAAAUCAAAUCAGUUACUUUAAAAUAGCAGCUUCCCAAAGCAUAUCAACACUUUUUAAAAGAUGGAGUUUAGAGCUAGGAUGGCAUUGGUUUUCUUUCUGAACAGCAGCAUCUCAAUUUAUGCAUAGAUCUUUCUGGAUCAUGGUCUCUGUAGUUAAAAAAAUGGUUCAGACUUAUUAUGCCUAGAAAAUACGCCUUUAGAGGAGAGACUUAGAAAAUCAACAUGGUUUAAUUGAGAGCACAGUAUUAAGGACCAACAGGAAAUUGGAUAACUUGGAUAUAUGUUUCAGCAAUUUGAAUAAGUUUUCUAAAUAAAAAUAACUUGAUAGCUA